AUGCCAGACGAACCUAGCUCUUCUGACCGUGCAGGAUUGCUCUACGCUGUAUUCCUCCGCCUGAGUCCUGAUGCCAACACGAACGCUGAUCUCAUUCCAAAUGCUCUUACGAGCGAUGAUUUUGCUUCCUGGGUAAAGAUAGAUGAGCAGAUCAUUUCAAAGACGAUCAGGGCGACCCGCCACGAAAUUACAGCUAUCCGACGACGGCCUGAUUUCGAGCGUGUUGUGGCAGGCGCAUACGUGAUUCGUCCUGUUGACCGCGAAAACCAAGAACAGUGUGCCGAGACAAGCGCGUCUCUCGCGAGACUCCUUGGGGAGCACAAUUACGAAUCAAUUUUUAGUCAUCGAGAUGGCAAAUUGCAGAAAUGGAGUGCAGACUUGUCCAACGAACAAGUAGCACAAGUUAAGGCUCUCAAUGGAGUGAAGGGCCUCGGACCCAUUCACAGAGGGAGGAGGUGUCGUCUGGGUAUAAAACCAACCCACGGCCUAGAAUCUCAAGCACAGCAAGAGAUUCUAUAUGAAACGCAAUUAGAUGCUCCCACGGAGUUGGUAGCUGUUAGUCAGCCAAGGCGCUUACUGAAGAAGGAAUUCCGGAAUGUUGCCUCACAACACCUUGUUACUGACCUGGCUGUACAACACGGAGAUAAGCCUUGGUUCGAUGAUGAUGAUGAAGGCGAGGACGACGAGGACAUGCAUUCACAUGGAACGUGUGGCGCCGGCAAAGCACUUGGAACUCAAUUUGGUGUUUCCAAGAAAGCCACGCUUAUCGUUGUUAGAAUGCAUGAAGUCACCUCUAAAGAAUUCGACGCAGCGCUGAAACUUAUCCUAGCGGACUUGGAAGAUCACCCUGAGCGCCGAAAAAGGAGCGUCGUCACAAUGUCGUUGACGCUGGGCCAAGGCUGGGAGGAAGAUGACAAUUUGCAAGACUUCACAGACCUUUUCCAAGAUCUAUUCGCCAUGGAUGUUCCAUUAGUUUGUAUAUCCGGUAACAUCGAAGAAGGUUUCGAAGAGCCUGAUAUAGAUGAGUAUCCCCCGUUAAUGGAAGGGCCUGACUUGCCACUGAUCGUGGUGGGCUCGGUGGAUUCUACCGGGAAACUGUCCGACUUCUCGAAAGGUGGCCCUCAUGUAACUCUACAUGCAGUUGGCGAUCCAAUUGAGUGUUUGCCAAGAGACAGCAAGGAUCCAGUCGAAAGAGCAGGAACAUCAUAUGCCGCACCACAAGUCGCCGGUGAGAUCGCGAAUCUUCUCUCGUACGACACAGUCCCCUUUGAUACCAGCGACGGGAACCUCGUGAAGAAUCUCAAAGCUUACCUUCAGUCGGAUGCAGCCAGUUGGGAGCGGUACCCCGGCAUUCGUGUACUCUGGAACGGGGUACGAGAGGAGGAUAACCCGAAAGAAACCGUUAAGUGCAAUGGCCUUGAAACCGACAGGUACAUUGAGCGGGAAGAAGUCAAGCAUCUGAUCGAGGAUGAGUUUUGCCCUGAGGUCAGUAGUUCGCUUGAUCUUCGCCCACAAGGUUCCGCGAUUUCACGGAUAUACAACAUGGAUACCCCGAACAAGGUCACGCUGUCUGUGAGCCUGAUUCAAGGUGACAGCGUAAGUGACUGUGUUAAAUACCUCAUGAUGACUGUGGACGACUGUUACCGUGUUGAUAAUGACCCCUCCGAUUACAAAGGCGGUGGCCUAACCAUUGUUGGCGACGCUACCUACGAAGUAUACCCUGGUUCUUUGCGAUCACCCUCCAGGUACGGCAAGCAGGCUGGUUGCGACAGCACAUAUAAGUUCACCUUCAACGAGUAUUGGGUAUGGGGCCACGGCUGGGCAAGCUCAGACCAUGGCGAGAGGCUCAAGAAAGAGAUCACGGGCUGCGCACUCCUGCCUGACACAUGGAAGUUCACCUAUGGUAUCGGUGAAGACGGUCUUGGGAAGACAUCGGGCAUUGACGACUUUGGGUGUGCAGGAUCUGGUUAG